UUUUUGUUGACAGCGACGGCCGACGUCAACAUUUUUUUUUUGUAAAUAAUAGAAGAAAAUUUAGCAAAUUUACGCGAAAUUCAUGUAUAUAAUAACUUAGGAAUAUGGAUAAUAUGACUAUAAAAGAAAUCCAAAGUAGGCUUUUACAGUGGGAAGCUCAUGAAAACCCAUUGGCGGCAUUGACAUCGGCUCAGAAAGAAGCAAUACUUGACUUAGAAGCUCAGAUAUCUGGUGGAACGACCGAUGAUGGUGAAACAAAAGCACAAGAAGAUAAAGAAACAGACAAUUCUGGUGUACCACAAGUAGCAACAACUUUUGACUUUCUAGAUUGGUAUGAGAGCUUGUGCCAGAGUAGUAUUAAAGUAAAUGAUGCUCCAUACGAAGCCUAUUAUAAACAACUUGAGGAUAGAAAGGAGGAAUGUGUGGCUUUGAUGAAUCAAAUUUCGGCCACAAUGGGGGAUCUGAACAAGCUGUCAGAAGAGUACAAGUUAGUGUCGGACAAGACUAACGCGCUGCACACCAUGAGCGAGCAGCUACUAGCUGACCAAAACAAACUAUCUUCUAUAGGCGAUGAAAUAAAGCACAACCUGCACUACUUCACUCAAGUGGAACAUCUGUCGCAGCGGCUCAACAGCCCCACCAUGUCGGUAAACAGCGACAGCUUCUUCAAUGUGCUGGCCAAGAUCGACGAGUGCUUGGAGUAUAUGAAGGCUCAUAGUAACUACAAAGAAGCGCACCCAUACCUGGUGAAGUACCGGCACCUGCAGGGCCGCGCCGCCUCGCUCGUGCGCGGCUACGUCACGCACGUGCUCGACCACGCCACCGAACAGGUGCUCGCACCAAAAGAUGAAAAUUCAACGGACCAAGAGACCAUAGACACAGCGUAUGCGGUCUACUUCGGGAAGUUCCAAGCGGCCGCGCCCAAACUGCAGAAGGUUAUCAGGGAGAUAGAGAAGAGGGCCGAACAUAAUGAGGACUACGCAUCAUUCCUCUCCGACAUCCAACGCGAGUACACGGCCCGACGCCACCGCGUGUCCGGCGCGCCCACCGCCGCCGCGCUUGCCGCCGCCGCUCGCAAGCAAGACAGAGACCACUGCACGCUACUGAGGACGUCCUGCUCUCUCUUAGCGCAUGCGUGUAGGGAUGAGUGCGCUCUGUAUGGGCACUUCUUUAGCCAGCCGUCGCAAGCGUUGGACGAGUACCUGCAAACUCUCUGCAACUCUCUCUACGAAACCCUGCGGCCUCACAUCAUACACAUCAACCAUCUGGAGACCUUAGUGGAGCUGUGUGUCAUACUGCGAGUGGAGGUCAUCGAUGAGCAAGCGAAUAACGACCCGGCAGUCUCAAUGCUGGGCCUCUCCGCUCGCGCCCUGCUCCAGGACGCGCAAGAGCGGCUCGUGUUCCGCGCGCACGUGCAGCUGAGACAGGACGUGCUGGCGUACCGGCCCGCGCCGCCCGACCUCGCCUACCCGCGCCAGCUGCUCACCAUGGAGAACAUAGCCCAAUCCAUCCAAGAGCAGAGCCUCAAGCGGAGCGACUCGCGCAACUCCAUGAUAUCCGACGUGUCGGCGACCUCGCAGGAAGUAGCCAACAUCAACGUGGAAGCACAGAGGAGACCCCAGGUCUCCCCCGCAGACCUCCACGGCAUGUGGUACCCAACAGUUAGGCGAACCCUAGCAGCCCUAUCUAGACUCUACCGGUGCCUGGAAAAACGAGUCUUCCAAGGCCUAGCCCAAGAAGCCAUUUCGCUAUGCGUGCAAAGCGUAGACUCAGCUGCUAAACAAAUAUCCGCCAACCAAACAUGUAUUGAUGGACAGCUGUUCGAGAUAAAACAUCUGUUGAUUUUACGGGAGCAAAUAGCACCGUUUCAGGUGGACUUUAUAGUGAAAGAAAUGACGUUGGACUUCAGUAACAUGAAGAAUGCGGCGUAUGGCUUGAUGCAGAAACCUCGGCAGAUAUUUUCGCUGAACAGUACUAAUGCGUUGUUGGAGUUCCUUCUAGAAGGAACGCCUAUGGUGAGGGAACAUCUUCUGGACUCCAGGAAAGAGGUUGACAGGCAGUUGAAGGGCAGCUGUGAGCGAUUCAUUAAGGAUUCUACAGAGAUUCUUGUAGGACCCAUGAUUGCAUUUAUGGAAAAGGCUAAUUCAUUCCAACCCCUGGAGCAUCUGAAGCACCAGCCGUGGGCGUCGCCGGAACAAAUAGCCGCCGCCGUGACGGAGGCGCAACGACGAAUCAGGACGCACCUCGCGCCGCUGCAGCGCUCCAUGCAGCUCUACCUGACCAAUAAGGAGACAGAGUUCAUACUGUUCCGGCCAAUCAGAAACAACGUGGUCGGUUACUUCAUGCAAGUCGGUCAGCUGUUGACCAACGCGGGGUACACCGACGAGGACUGUCUGAUAGUGGCGUGUCCGACGCCGGAGCAGGUGUCUGUGUUCAUAUCCUCGGCGAGUCUCAUCAGUCACUCGGAGCCCGUGUUACCGUACGGACAGAAAAGGAAGACGAGCACGGUGCAGAAGCCUAGUAUCCCCAGUGUGCAAGAGAGAGAGGAGAAACAAUCGGAACAGUCGUCCGUCUCUACGGUUUAGAUGGUUAGCCUACUGCAAAUUGGGGUCUUUUUAGUAUCACUGUGUAUUUAUUUAUAUGUAAACAAUUUAUUACUGUAUAUAUUGAAGUUAGGUCUUAAAUGAAACUUGGAUAGUAUUAAAAACAGAACGGUUUAUUUACAUUAACUUGCUUAAGAUGCUAUGAAUAAAUACAAUGUGUAUUUGUACCAAA